AUGAGCGCUAACAACACCCCUCCACUUUCCCCAUCCAGCAAUGAGGGCAUCGAAAACCUCCAAAUUCCAGCCUUUUGGAACCGCCUCGACAAGAGGUAUGAUUGGAACUACAGUACGACGCCGCAAGCAGGGUUGGAUGGGCGGAGUGUGGAGUAUAGGAGGGGGUGGGUUGUAGGUGGGAGUAGUAGUAUUAAUGCGUGUGGGUACACCCGUGGUGCCAAAGAUGACUACGACCUCUGGGCUAGGAUCACGAAGGAUAAGAGGUGGAGCUGGGAGGCGAUGUGGCCUUACUUGCUUCGAAACGAGAACUGGACACUCCCAAUCGGCGGACGCGACCCCGCAGGGCAAUUUGAUCCGCGGUACCACGAUACGAAGGGGAAUGUACGCGUUGCGUUGGCGUGGGAUGGGCCGAAUGCGCAUGACCUACGGGCGCUCGAAGCUGCUACCUCCAAGGAGAUGAAAGUGAAUGAGGAUUUUAGGUUUAAUCUUGAUAUGAACGAUGGGAGUCCGAGAGGUGUAGGAUGGAACCAAUUCACAGCUGGAGGCGGAGAGCGCAGUUCAGCAGCUACAGCCUACCUCCCCACGCACGUCCGGGAACGACCGAAUUUGACUAUUUUGUUGAAUACUUUAGUACUGCGUGUUCUACCCAGUCGGGAGGGGGAGGGUGGGCAGUUGGAUGUGAGGAGUGUGGAGUUAGCGCCGAUGAUCGCGAGGUCAGGUGGUCGUUCGUCAAGUGGUACGCUUUCUCCUGCUCUCCAGGCUCUAGCAUCCGACCUUUCCUCCGCCGUAGUUACGCCAAACUCGACCCGCACCGUAACAGCUUCCAAGGAACUCAUCCUCUCCGCCGGCGCGAUCAACUCCCCGCACAUCCUCCUUCUCUCUGGAAUCGGGAACCGCACGGAGUUGGAGGAGGUGGGUGUGGACGUUGUGCAUGACUUACCGGGUGUUGGGAAGGGGAUGAGCGAUCAUGUUAAUGUGGUUGUUAGGUGGAGGGCGAAUGUUAGUGCGGAGGUGAUCGAUGAAGACCAAGCCCUCCUCCAAUGGCGAACGAACCGGACUGGACCCUUCUCUAAAGCUACGGAUCAUCUGUACCUCUACUUCCGUCUUCCGGAUAACUCAAGUGUGUUUGAGACGUGGAAGGAUCCGAGUCCUGGGCGCGGGUCAGCACAUUUCGAGUUACCCUUGGAGAAAUCCGCACCUGAGAUACCGGGGUACAUGGCCUUCUUGACGCCUUACUCACGCGGCACAGUAACACUCUCCUCCUCAAAUCCCUACGACCCACCGCUCAUCGACCCGAACUUCCUCUCCCACCCAUUCGACCUGGCGGCUAUAACCGAAGGAAUCCGUACCGCCAACGCCUUUUACUCCUCUCCCUCGUUCAAACGGGAUAACUACAUCAUGGAGUUCAUUGGUCCAGAUCCAGAUAAACUCAGUAAAGAGGAAUUUGAGAGGGAGAUUAAGAAGACGAUGGGGUCGUUUUUGCAUGCUGUUGGGACUACUGCUAUGGGACCUUGGGGUGUGGACGACGACAAUGAUGGCGAUGGUGCGAAGGGAGUGGGAGGGCGAGUGGUUGAUCCGGAGUUCAGGGUGAGAGGUGUGAAGGGGUCGAGAGUUGUCGAUGCUGGCGUUAUCCCGUACGUUCCGUCUGGGCAUACUCAAGCGCCAGUCUAUAUCGUAGCCGAAAGAGCAGUCGAUUUCAUCAGAGAGACGUGGAUGUAA